UUUCACGCAUCUACUUAAUAGAAACUUUAGGACCGGUAUCGCCAUUUGUUUUGAAACGCCCCUAAACCAAGGCAGUUGUUUUUAAGUGAUUUUAAAAAUAGAGUGACGGUUAGAGAUACACAGUCUGGAUUAUACAUUCCAGUUUCAACAAUGAAAGAAUACACGUCUCUGCUCCAAGUGUCCAAAUGUCUGACAAACGAACGUAUGAGCCAGGCUCUAACCGACUGGUUCAAUGAAGACUUGCAGUUUACACAUUGGGAGUAUGUCAGCGUGCCAGGAAAAGGAGACUCUUAUAUGAGUGAAGUCAUAAAGAUCAAGAUUCACGGCAAGAACCCUAAAACUGCCGUUCCAAAACACGUCCAAGUCAUUCUGAAGACCAUCCCGAAGGGUCUCUGCAGACGCCUCACGUUACGAAGCGAUCAGUUCUUUGAAAACGAGAUAAGAUUCUACCAAGACGUUCUACCAGCACUUGUCAAGUUCCAGUCGACGAAGAAUUUGAAAGACCCUUUUGUUAACUACCCUAGGGUCUUCGAUUCCUAUACUGAUGGAGAGAACGACUACAUCAUUCUUGGCGAUGCUACGCUGGAGAACUUUGUCUCCGCUGUCAGGCAAGAGGGCAUUGAUAUCGAACACUGCAAGGUGACUUUAAAAACCUUUGCCAAGUUUCAUGCCAUAUCCUUUGCAAUGAAGGAUCAAGACCCGAAAGGAUUCAAAAGGAUCAGCAACUGCGUCUUUGAGACCUAUUAUCAUGAGCGUUAUUGGCCGCGUUACAAGAAAUUCUGGGACCGCCUUUGCAAAAUCGCUAUUGACGCUGUCGAGAAGGAAUAUCCAGAUUCUAUUUACCUGAAUAAGAUCAAACAGUUUGCGACACCGGAAGCCUAUAAGAAAUGCAUAGAUGCCGCGUGCAAUACGGAUGAGACUGGUGUCAUAAGUCACGGGGAUGCUUGGACUACGAAUUUCUUGUACAAGUACGACAAACAAGUCCCAGUUGACGCCAAAAUGAUUGACUUUCAACUGGCUAGAUGUGCAUCUCCAGUUCUAGACAUCAGCUUCUUUAUAUACGCUUGUACAACGCAAGAAUUGAGACUUAAACAUUACGAUGAACUCAUGAAAUACUAUUACGAUGCAUUGGCGAGCCAGAUCGAUGAGAUGGGUUCAGACUCCAAGAGGGUUUACCCCUGGGAUAAAUAUCAGGAAGAGGUCAAGAAAUACUCUUUCUUUGGUCUCUCCUGCAGUAUGGAAUCUACGCCUUUGACAGUGCUGGAUGCAGAAGAUGCGGUCGACAUGGAUGUUCCGGGUGACAAGGCAAUCGACGUAGACGACUUUUGGAAGAUUGGCUACUUCAAGACCAAGGAAGGACGGCUCCGAGAGGCGAACAACGUCGUCCAUUGUGUAGAUUACGGAUACAUUUAAGUACUUAAGUAGUUUAUUACUGGAGUCUGACUAGUGUAAGUGGAAAGUUGAAAUGAGAUAAGUAUUAAAUAUUAAAAUGGUUGAAGGUA